AAAUCGAAUCGAACCGGAGUCGGAGUCGAAAUCGGGAAAUCGGACGUUGAAAUCGCAACGAAUCGCGUUUCCCAAUUAACAAGUUAAUAGAAUUUUUGUUAAUCUUUCGUUUCACGCUGAUUGGAUAGUCAUUAAAAUAAAUCAAAAUAUAGAAAUACAAAUAAAAGCAAAUACAAUGAAACAAUUGCCAGCUGAAGUUGCAUAGAAAAAACUGAGGCAAACGAAACGCAACGAAAGUGUACCGAAGUGAAGUGUAGUGAGCUGAGGUGAAGUGAGGUGACGAAAAGUGAGCGCCACAACGCCACAAUGGACGUCAAAGAUAUCAAGGGCGCCAAGGUGACGCACGCGGGUCUGCUCAAGCACAAUACAGAUGGCACCACCGAGACCCAAAAGAUCACACAUGCCGGCCUGGUGGCGCGCAGUCCCGAAGGCACCGCCGCCAAGGGCAUGAAUAUACGCGGCAACGAAGACCUGUGGGUGGAAAUCCAAGCGAACACCUUUCGCAAUUGGGUCAACGAGCAUUUGCGCGAGACGGGCAUGCAGGUGCAUGACUGGGCUACGGACUUCUGCGAUGGCACCUGUCUGUGUGCGCUGGUCGAGAACCUGCAAACGCGUCCGCUGAAACCAUCGUGGAAUCGCCGGCCGGCCAAUCAGCAUCAUUAUCUGGAGAAUGCCACAACCGCUCUCAAGUCGAUUGAGGCGGAUCACAUCAAGCUGGUGAACAUUGGCAACGUGGACAUUGUCAAUGGCAACGUGAAGCUGAUAUUGGGCCUCAUCUGGUCGCUGAUUGUGCGCUACCAGAUCGGACGCAGCAAAUUUCCACCGCGCAAGCUCAUGCUGGCCUGGCUGCAGGCCGCGCUGCCGGAUUGCAAAAUCACCAAUCUCACGACAGAUUGGAAUAGCGGCGUCAACUUGGCCGCGUUGCUGGACUACUGCCAGCCGGGCCUGUUUCCGCACUGGCGCAGUCUCGAUCCUAGUCAGAGUGUGCGCAAUUGCACCAAUGCCAUGAAUCUGGCGCAGCGCGAGUUCGGUGUGCCCAAGGUGCUAGAGCCCGAGUAUCUGGCCUCGCCUUGGCUGGAUGAGCUAUCCGGCAUGACGUAUUUGUCGUACUUCAUGAAACCAGGUGGACCCGGCUACAAUGCCACCAUGCGUUGGGUUAACACACAGGUUAAGGAGCCCGUCAAGAAUUUUACGACCGAUUGGAACGAUGGACGCGUGCUGUGCGAAAUCAUCAAGGGACUGGGCGGCUCGGCACCAGCGCCAGAUAAGCUGAGCACCGAUCCCUUUCACUAUGAGAACAAUAUACGCAAGGCCGUCGAUGCUGGCGCCAAGCUGGGCGUUCAGCCCAUAUUGACGCCCAAGGACAUGGCGAAUCCGGAAGUUGAGCAUCUGGGCAUCAUGGCAUAUGCAGCCCAUCUGCAGUGGGUGCCGCCGCGACCACCGCUCUCCGACCUGGUCAACGUUUAUUUGGAGAGCACAUCCGGCCGUGUGGGCGAACCGACGCAUUUCCGCAUCGACGUGCUGUCGCGGGACAUCAGCUUGAGUUCAGUGCGCUGUCACGUGGUGCCCCCGUCCGGUAAUCCCGGCCAGCCUGUGCGUUUAAACGCGCAUGGCGAGGGCGUUUACGUGCCGGAGCGCUAUGGUAUGCACGAGAUUGUUGUGGAGAUUGGCGAGGAUAGCUUGGGAGGUCAUUUCUUCCGCGUCUUGCCGCGUCUCCUGCAGGUGGCCCCACCUGGCAUGGCACCCUGCGCCCUAGGCAGCCUGGUCGAGGUGCUGGUUAAUGCAACAGGCGCACCCAAGACGGAAGAUAUUCUGGUCACAGCAGUUUCGCCGACGGGCAUCUCGCACAACUGUCCGCUGAAGAAGAUCGACGAGGGACACAGUGCCAUAUUCAAGCCGGAUGAGGCGGGCAUCUGGGAGAUAGCCAUCACCUAUCAGGGCCGUCACAUCCAGGGCGGUCCGUUCACAUGUGCCGUGUUCGAUGCCUCUGGCGUCUCUGUGCAUGGCCUGGAUGGCGCCAUGCCGCUGCGUGCUCACACCUUCGAGGUGGACGCACGCGGCGUGGGAGUCAACGGCGAGCUGCACGUGGACAUUGUUCAUGACAAGCACUCGUUGGUCUGCUCUGUGGAGAAGAUCGUGGAUAACAAGUAUCGGGUGACCUUCAUGCCGCGCCAGAAUGGCAAAUAUCGCGUGUAUAUCUACUUCAAUGGCUACGAUGUCAAGGGCUCGCCCUUCAUCAUGCGCGUGGGCACUAAAGGUCGCUCGGGCAAGACGCGCAGCAGUCCGCUGCAUGAGAGCAAACAUCGCUCGGAGAGCCCCUCGAUGCACUUCAUCUCCACGACAAAUACGCGACACAACGACUAUCGCAAUGCGUCGCUUUCUCGUCGGGAUUUGCACGGCCAUAACACGGCCGAGCGCACAAGCAGCUACUCGCCGCAGUAUUCGCCCAAGCUAGACACAACUGACUACCACACUUCCAGCUCCAGGUACUACAAGCGCGAGAGCGAGACGCGCUCCAGCGAGCUGCACUCGCACAGUCCGCUGACCAUCAAGACAUCGAACCAGUACGAGAGCUCCACGCGCAACAUAACCAGCAGUCCGCGGCACGCCUCCGCCUCGCCAGUGCAGCGCUAUUCGCCCAACAAUGCGUACAUCAGCACGGCCACACAUCGCAUUGGCAGUCCCGUGACCAGCACUCUGAACAAGAACGGAUACGAGUCCACGCGCGUGGAGAAGUCAUCCACCUACAAAUCCACCUCGAACUAUGUCACCGAUUCGAAUGUGCGCGCCAGUCCCUCGCUCUAUGGCACAGCCGAGCGACUACGUCGGAUUGGCUCGCCGGAGCCGCGCAUUGAUCACUCCUCGAAUGUGCGCGUCUCCUCGCUGAAGCCGGCAUCGGCGCGUCGCGAUAGCUGGGAUGUCAUCAACAAGACCAAGCACAUGCUCUCGCACAAUUCGCUCGAGUCGCUUGCGAACAUGACCGAGACGCAGCUCAACACGGAGCUCAACUACGCACGCCCCGAUCUGGACAACGAGACUCAGCGCAAUACACAGUACAACAAGUUCGCAUUGCACAAGCAGCAGCAGCAGCAGCAGCAACAGCUUCAGUCGGACUAUCGACGCGACUCGCCCGACGACGUGGAUCGCUACAAACCCAGUGCCAUCACCGUCAAGUCACACUCGAACAAUACGUAUACGGACAAGUCCGGCGGUUAUAUCAAGACCGUCAAGGAGUCCAGCGAGCAUGUGGUCACGGAGAGCAAUGGCCAUAGCUCGGCUAAUGGGCCGGGCUACGGCUACAGCUCGCUGUCGCGCUUUCGACCCAUAGACAGCAAUGCGACAGGUGCUAGAGCCAUACGCGUACAGGACAUACCCAACGGCUCCAUUGGACGUCCGGUGGAAUUUGAGAUCGAUGGCUCCAAGGCCGGUUCCGGCAAUUUGGAAAUUUUGGUUAAUGGCGGCCGGGUCACAUCGUCGGUCCGCUCGCUGGGCGGUCAGCGCUUCAUAGCCAGCUUCACGCCACACGAACAUGGAACACACACCGUGCAGAUCACAUUCAAUGGAGAAACGGUACCAGGUUCACCGUGGCACGCUGAGAUCAUGUCGUCACCCGGCCUAACCGCUCUGGGCGAAUCCACACGCCUUGUUCCCGCCAAUACGCCGGCGGUUUUUGAGAUACUGCCGCCUCCUGGACAAAGCCUGAGCAAAGGCGAGUGCGUGGCAACGGUCUUGACUCCAAGCAAGUCAAAGCUGAAUGCCAGAGUCACCCAUGAGGCGGCAAAUGGUGCUGCACGCAUUGAGUUCGUGCCCACCGAAGUGGGCACGCACAUCAUUGAUGCGUCCAUCAAUGGCACGAAGAUCGCUGGCGGUCCUUUGAUAGCAAAGGUCUACGAUGCCAGCUUGAUCCAAGUGACCGAGGUUAACGGCGGCGUGGUUGGCCAGCCGUGCCAGUUUCGUGUGGACGCCAGUGCGGCUGGUGAGGGACAGCUGGAGAUAUCCAUAAAUGAGGGCGAGGUGCCCAACCAUGUCCAGGUCGUUGGCGGCGGUCGUUGUCUCGUCUCCUUCACCCCCGAGCAGGCCAAGUCCCAUUUGAUAGACAUCAAGUUCAAUGGGGAGACGGUGCGCGGCUGCCCCUUUGUCUGUGCCGUGGCGGACACCUCGCGUGUUCUCCUCAACCUGUCCAAUCUGGAGCUAAUACCGGUCAACAGGCCCUCCUCCUUUCACAUCACGGUGAGCGGUGGUGGAGCCGCUGAGCUGGCGGUCAGCGUACGUGGGCCACACGGCGAGUUGCCCGUCCGCGUCACUGGCGAUAUACACGCCGGCUUCACGGCGGAGUUCACGCCAACCAGCGUGGGCGGCCACUCGAUAAAUGUGGAGUACAAUGGCUUUGCGGUGCAGGGCACACCAUUUCUGGCCAAGUCAUAUGAUGCCAGCAAGGUGGUCGUUGGUAGCGUCUCCCGUGGCACCAUGGGUCGACCCGUGCAGUUCACUGUGGAUGCGGGCGAUGCUGGCGAGGGCAAUCUAGAAAUAACCAUAUCGGCCAAGGGUCAAAAUAUACCCACACAGGUGCAUCCCCAGGGCAGUGCAAGAUUCUCCGUUUCGUUUGUGCCGACGGAGUCGUGCGAGCACACUAUUAAUGUCUCCUUUAAUAAAAUGCCCGUGCCCGGCUGCCCAAUAACGGUUAGCAUUAGCGGCGGCGUCGCCGGGCCCCAGGUAUCCCUUGGCGGUCCCGGGCCGGUGCAUCAGACCAAUUCUUUUGUUAUCAAUCACAAUGGCGGCCGUUUGGAAGACAUUGAGGUCAACGUCGAAGGUCCCGCCGGACAAUCAGUGCCCGCCCAGGUGCAUCAGUCCGCCGAGGGCGUCUUCAAGGCGGAGUUUGUGCCCCGAGUCGUCGGCGAACAUCGCGUCAAUGUCACUGUCAAUGGUUUGCCCACAGCUGGCAGUCCCUAUGCGGCUAAGGUUUAUGACGUCAGCGCCAUUAAGGUGAAGAAUGUGAGCAGUGGAACGGUGGGUAAGCCUGUUACCUUCCUGGUCGAAACAUCCCAGGCUGGUCCCGGCAAUCUAGAAGUCACGGUAAAUGGCGGUCGCGUGCCCACCUCGGCACAGGCACAGGGCCAGCACACAUAUGCGAUCAGUUUUACGCCACGCGAAGCCGAGAGCCACACGGUGGAGCUGCGCUUCAACAGCCAGGAUGUGCCCGGCUCACCAUUCACAUGCCGCGUGGCGGCCGCAGCACGCAUACAAUCCCCUGAGACCAUGGACAAGGUCAGCGUGGGUCGCCUCUUCGAGUUUGUGGUGGAAUCAGACACCAAGCCAACGGUGGAGGUGCUCGGCCCGGCCAGACGAAGUGUCCCGGUGAAGAUCGAUGCACUCGGCUCAACGCUGGGCUACAAUAUCAAGUUCGAGCCCAUGGAGGUGGGCGAUCAUUCGGUGGAGGUGCGACUGCCUGGCGGCGGUCAUGUGGAGGGCAGUCCCUUCCUGCUGAAGGCCUACUCCGCCGAAAAGGUAAUCGUAACGGACAUACGACCUGGCGUGGUCAACAAGAGCGUCAGCUUUGGCAUCAAUGCCUCGCAGGCGGGUGCCGGUAAUCUGGAGAUCAUUGUCGCCGUCAACGGCAAGAAUGUGCCCAACUUUGUGCAAUCCGAAGGCAAUGCGCGAUUCAAGGUGAACUUCAAGCCCACGGAGGCGGCUGCCCAUUCGCUUUCCGUGCGCUUCAACGGACACCCGGUGCCGGGAUCACCCUUUAGCUGCCACAUAGCAGCUGCUGCCACCAGUUCUACGGGCUUGCCACGCGCCCAGGCGCUGGGAGAAUGCCUAAAGCAGGCGGCCGUCAAAAUGGACAACACCUUCGAGCUAGAGGGCUUUGAAGGCAUCGAGCCACAGAUAUUUGUUACGUCGCCCGCCGGCGACAACGAGCACUGUCAACUGAGUCAGCACGAUGGCGGCAGCUACAGCGCCUCCUUCCGACCCAGCACAGUGGGCCGGCAUUUGAUCAGCGUGUUGGCGAAUGAUCAGCACAUAAAUGGAUCGCCUUUCAGCUGUAAUGUGUUCGAUGUCUCCCGCGUGAGCAUCAGCGGCCUGGAGCAGCAGUAUGGACCUGCCACGCUUGGCGUGCCUGUCACCUUCAGUGUGGAUGCAGCUGGCGCAGGGGAGGGCACACUUGAGCUGGUGGUGUCCACCGACAGCAGCACCGUCAAGGCCGAGGUGGUCGCCUGUGCACGCGGCCUCUACGACGUCACCUUUGUGCCGCAGAGCACCGAGCCGCAUUAUGUGAAUAUUACGUUCAACGAGGUUGCCGUGGACGGCAGUCCCUUCCGCGUGGACAUUCAGCAGCACACCCAGCACAUACAGAUUGGCAGUCUGGCAGCCAUUGACUUUCCGGCCGAUGAUCAGAUUGUAGAGAUAUUGGCGCCCGAUCAGAAGCCCGUGCCGUACACCAUCAAUCGCCAGACGGCGGAGUUCCGCACACACAUGACCGGCAACUACACGCUGCGCUUUAUUGACCGCGAGACGCGCCAGCACAUUGGCACACGCACACUCUGCGCCUUCGAUCCCAUGCUGGUCAAGAUCACCGAAGUGGGCGAGGCUUUGUGUCAUCGUCCGGCCAGCAUCAGCGUGUCGCUGAACGAAGCCGGGCAGGGUGAUCUGUCGGCGCUGGUGCGUUGUGGUGUCACCGAGGUGCCGCACACCAUACGCGGCCCCAGCAAAUCGGGCGUCUACGAGAUUGUCUACCAGCCGACGCGUGUAGCGCCGCACAAGAUAAGCAUACUCUUUAACGAUGUGCCCAUAUCACUGAAGCCACUCGAAAUUAAUGUGCUGCCUGCCAGUGCUGGCAAGGAGAUCAGCGUUAGCGGGCUGGGUCUGUAUCAGGCGCGCGUGGGCAAGACCACAUCCUUUGCCAUUGACACAGUGAAGCGGCCGGCGCGAGAGUUUGAUGUUGUGGUCUCUGGGCCCGGUGGCCAGGCGCUGCCCGUGCGCUGCUAUCAGACAAAGAAUGGACACCUGCAGGCGGAGUUCAGCAUUAAUAAACCGGGUCAAUGUGUUAUCGAGGUGCUGCAUCAGUCGAAGCCACUGCCGGGCAGCCCCUUCACCUGCGAGGCGUUUGACAGCAGCAAAGUCAGUGUGCAGGGCGUCACCAAAGAGCCGCUAGCGCUGCACAGCUCCAAUAGCUUCACCGUGCGCACAGACAAUGCCGGCACUGCCGAGCUGGAAGCCUUUGCCAUUUCGCCCACUAACCAGAGCCUGCCCGUGCUCAUCAGUGAGCAGUCCGAGGGCAUUUACAACGUGGAGUUUGUGCCCUCCCAGCCGGGCAACUAUAAGCUAACGCUCAUGUAUGGCGGUGAGACGAUUCCCAGCUCCCCGCUCAACUUCAGCGCCUCGUCGAGUGGCGUGCGUAAUGAUGCACGCGCUGCUGGCCACGGCCUGGAAGUAUGUCAUCGCAACAAGGAAGCCUCCUUUGUCGUCUAUUGUCCCAUUGCACCCAAUGUGCAGAUCGAACGCGUGGAUGAGUUUGGCGAACGCAUCGAGCCCAAGAUCAAGGCGCUGGGCAACAACGAGUGGCGCAUCUCUUAUGUCAUUCUAUCGGUGGGCACCUACGAGAUUCGUGCCAGCUGCCCCAACCGCGGCAGUCUGCCCGGCUCACCUUGGCGCGUCUGCUGCGUGGAGUCCACCAAGGUCACUCCUGUUGGCGGCUGGGGCACGCUGGUUGAUCAUGACGGACGUUUAAUAUUGCCGGCACGCAUUAUCUUCGAUGUGGAGAAUGCCGGGCCCGGCAAGCUGGUCUGCAGCAUCGAUGGCAUUGAAAUACCCGUCGAUAAGCUGGCCGAUGGCAAAAUGUGUCUCAACAUCACGGGUGACAAUCUGGCCGCCGGCGAGCAUGAUCUGGACUUGACCUGGAGCGGUUUGACCAUCACACAGUGCCCACGCAGCGCCUUUGUAACGGGUCAGCAAGCCGCCGACAAGGUGGUGCUAAUGGGUCGCGGACUGGCCGCCGCCCAGGCCGGCGAGGCGGCGCACUUUACCAUCGAUGCCUCCAAUGCGCCAGCAGGCCGCCCGGAAGUCAUUUUGAUCACGCAGGAGAAUACUGCGCUGCCCGUGAGCCUGGCACAGCCGCGGCCCAGCGAAAACAUUUGGCUGGCCUCGUACACGCCGCAGAAGUCCAUGACGGGCACUCUGACGCUUUCGGUCAAGUGGAAUGGCCGGCUGGUCAAGGGCUGCCCGCUCACUGUGGCCGUUGGUUCCUCCAUGGACGCCUCGAAGGUCAUUGCGUCUGGUGAAGGUCUGCGCCACGGCAUCGUCGGCAAGGACAUCAAAUCCUGGAUAGACACCCGACGCGCCGGACCUGGCGAACUAACCGCCCACUGCGCCGGCGCACGCAAGGUGGCCUACUGCGAGCUGUAUGACCAUGGUGAUGCCACGUUUACGCUGAACAUUAAGCCACAGGAGCCGGGUCGCCAUCUGCUGACCAUCAAAUACGGCGGACAGAAUGUGCCCGGCUCGCCCUUUGCGCUCAAAGUGGCCGGCGCACCAGAUGCCAGCAAGGUUCGCGUUUAUGGGCCCGGCAUCGAGCAUGGUGUGCUGGCCACCUUCCAAUCGCGCUUCAUAUGCGACACACGUGGCGCUGGCGCCGGGCAGCUGACGGUGCGCGUGCGCGGACCCAAGGGCGCCUUCCGCGUGGAAAUGCAGCGCGAAAGCCAAAAGGAUCGUACCAUUCUGUGCAAGUACGAUCCAACGGAGCCAGGUGACUAUCGCGUCGAAGUCAAGUGGGCUGGUGAAUUUGUGCCCGGUUCGCCGUUCCCCGUCAUGAUCUUCGACACUGAGGAGGAGUUACGAAGGUACUUGCAGGGCAUAUGAGGCCAGAUCAACCAUCCCAUCAUCGUCUUCCCCAGUGGCCUGAGUCCGCCCAUUCGCUAUCAGCCUGCAGCUGCCACGCAGCAAUCGCGUCGUGCCGCCUGCGUGCCACUCUAGCGGAUGGCACAAAUAUUUAUAGUGUAUAUGUGGGGUACCCACAUGAGCACGCACAUGUAGCUACAAUCGCAGAUCAUUAAGGUCAACCAUUAUAUAUAUAAAUAUAUAUAUAAACCUAUGUUACGAGUAAUAGUUAAGUUUUAUAACCGAACGAAACGAAUCGACUACCAUAAGUCUAGAUGAAGUCGCGGCCCGCCAGGCUCAGCUCUUCGGGCUACAAAAGUCUUCGGCGCUACGAUAAAUAGCUUUCUGUUCUUAUAGUUGUAGACCUAAUACCUAUGUAAUACAAUGUUAUUAUUGCGAAACAAUUUGAUCCAAAUGCUUAACAACGUAUUCAAUACAAAUACACGACAUUAAAAAAGUACACAUACAUACUGC